CUCAACGACAAGAGUUUUGCCUUUAACAGUAGCAUAUAAUUGAACGGCAUACGUUUGUGUUCUGUUCAAUUUAAGAUUUGUUGUUGUUUAGUUCAAAGAGGGUCUUGUUUGUGUCCCAUAAUCAGCCACCCUUUUCGGUGGGUGUUUGCAAAGCUUCAAACUUUACCAAAUCUACUCUUUUCCUUCUCUCUCUACUCUCUCUUCCUUCUCUCUAAUGGGGUUCUCGUAAAUCCUGGUUGAGCUAGUUAUGAUGAAACCUUUGGGUUUUGAUUCGUCUUUUGUGGUUCAUCUUUUUGUGUAGAGACAAAUACACAUAAACACUUGACUCCAUGUCUACCAUGAAGAUCAAUUUCAAAGACCCAGAUCAUCUUUACUCUUCAUGGAGCUUUUCAAAGUUAAUGGCUUUCUUUUUUCUCUUAAUCUCCAUCUCCUACCUCUUCUAUUCCUUAAGAUUCGUUAGCCAUUCAUAUGAUUGUGAUCAAAACCCUCACAUUCCUAUUACUCAUGUAUCUGAUACCCCAUCUGAAGAAGAAUCCGCACCCUUAAAACCCUUUGAAGAAACCAACAUUUCCCACAUAGUGUUUGGCAUAGGAGCCUCGGCUAAGCUAUGGAAGCAUAGGAAAGAGUACAUCAAGCUUUGGUGGAGACCUAAAGAGAUGCGUGGAGUGGUGUGGCUUGAACAGAAGGUGAAAACUGAACAUGGAGAUGAAAGUUCCUUGCCCCCAUUGAGGAUCUCUGAGGACACUUCGAAGUUCAAGUAUAAGAACCCAAAGGGGCAUAGAUCAGCUAUUAGGAUCUCACGCAUAGUGUCAGAAACACUUAGGCUUGGGAUGAAAGAUCUGAGAUGGUUUGUGAUGGGGGAUGAUGACACAGUUUUUGUCACUGAAAAUUUGGUUAAAGUUUUGCAAAAAUAUGAUCACAAUCAGUUUUAUUACAUUGGGAGCUCUUCAGAGAGCCACUUGCAAAAUAUUUAUUUUUCUUAUAAUAUGGCUUAUGGAGGCGGUGGAUUUGCCAUUAGUUACCCUUUGGCUGUGGCAUUGGAAAAAAUGCAAGAUAGGUGCAUUCAGAGGUACCCUGGAUUGUAUGGUUCUGAUGAUAGGAUUCAAGCUUGUAUGGCUGAACUUGGGGUUCCACUCACCAAGGAGAGAGGGUUCCAUCAGUUUGAUGUGUACGGCAAUCUCUUUGGGCUGCUAGCGGCCCAUCCCAUUACACCAUUGGUAUCACUCCAUCACCUGGACGUGGUAGAGCCCAUAUUUCCAAAUGUGAGCCGGGUCCAAGCCCUCAAGCGGCUCAAGGGGCCCAUGAAGCUGGACCCGGCUGGGCUUGUGCAGCAAUCCAUUUGCUAUGACAAAACCCGGACCUGGACCAUAUCCGUUUCAUGGGGGUAUGCGGUUCAAAUUUUCCGGGGCAUUUUCUCUGCCCGGGAGAUGGAAAUGCCGGCGAGGACCUUCCUUAACUGGUACAAGCGAGCCGAUUACACCGCUUAUCCGUUCAACACCCGGCCCGUCAGCCGCCAUGUUUGUCAGAAACCGUUUGUUUAUUACUUGUCAAAUGCCAUGCACAAGGGUGCUAAUGACACUACUAGUCAGUAUGUUCGGGUAAACCCGAACCCGGAUUGCAAGUGGAAAAUGGAGGAUCCGACCCAAAUCAAAGUAGUAGAGGUUUACAAGAAGCCUGACCCGCAAUUGUGGGACAAGGCUCCUAGAAGAAAUUGCUGCAGGGUUCAAAGUUCUAAGAAGAAAGGAACUCUAGUGAUUGAUGUGGGGGAAUGCAGGGAAGAUGAAGUUGUUGAAUUGUAGUUAGAAGCCCUACAAUUGAUAAUUCUCAAUCAAUUGUUUGCUAUAUGUAUUUUCUUCCCCUUUAUGAAAUGAUUCACUUUUGGAAUUUAUUGGCGGCCAGUGUAGACAAAUGAGUGCUAGAAGUCUAAAUUAGAUUUUCCAUUUUCCUUAAAACUUGUAUUAUUUUUAACCUAAAGUUUAGGAUGAGAGAUGCUUGUCACAAGGUCAGAUUAGUCACAAGAUUUAGCACUUUAUUACCUUCUAAAUCUUAUCACUUAUU